AUGCGGCAGGAUGGUAGGGUGUUGAUUUUUAUAUUAGUUUUGGUGCCUUCAGUGUUGAGUCAAUGCCUUGUAGAUAAACGUGCAACUGAAUUAUUAAAAGAGUCAUUUUCAGAUUUUGAAAACUACUGUAAGUUUUUUUUGAAGAUGUCAAUGUACUAAUACUAUACAACCUCAUUUUUCCAGGGGAUGAAGAAAUUAAUGUUGACAUCAGUCUCGAUGUUCAUUCUUUGAAUAUUCUUCAAAAUAUAAAUCAAUUGGAAUUAGAAGCAACACUCGUUCGAGAGUGGAAAAUUCCAGCACUCCGAGCCAGUCAAAGUAUUUGUAGUGAUAAGUUAUCUAUCACAAAAUUUGGAGGGAUGGUUCCUGUUCCACCGGUUAGAUUUUCAAAUGCCAUUCAUUAUUCAGUUCAAAAGCAUUCUGUAUCAAUUUAUUUAUUGCAAAAUGGAACGUUUGUUCAUUCUGAGAGGUUUGUUCACAGUUUUUUUAUUUCAACCUAUAACUUCAAAUUUUUUUUUAGAUUUAAACAGACUAUUCCAUGCGUAUCAAAAUCUUUGAGUUAUCCAUUUGGAAAUACAACUUGCAGUCUUCUCUGGGCAAUUGAUGAUUCACUAGGGGGAAAAAUGAAUUACACUAUUAAGAAAGUCAAUACAAAUGGAAACCAGGUAACUUUUCCAACAAAAAAAUAAAAAAGAUUGCAUCGACCGGGAAUCGAACCCGGGCCGCCCGCGUGGCAGGCGAGCAUUCUACCACUGAACCACCGAUGCUACGAGAGAAGCUAUGGUGUAUGCUAGAGAAAUACAACGCAUUUCCAUUGAAUUGUGAAGGAUAGAAAAAGGAGAGAAACAGAGUGUGUUCUCUUUUCUCUCUUUUUUUUCCUGGUCAAUGUUUAUAUGCGUAUGUAAUAUAUUAUGUUGUUCUUGGAUUAUUUCGACAGAAAACAUAUUUAAUAUGCAAUUAAUUUGAGGUUUCUCACCUGUCCGUUUUGUUCCUCAGCUCUCGAAGAUUAUGCAAUAAUAACAAAUUGCUUCUAUAAUAUUUAUUAAUCUGUAAUUCUUACUAACUCCGCCCACAUUUGCUCAAUGAUAUUUGUAAAGCAUCAUUCAUUUAUUCAAUUUUCUGAACGAUGGAGGACUACAGUGAUUAUCCAAUUCCGGAAAAUGUGCCAUUUCUAACCUUGGCUGAAGUAUUUGCUGAUUUGUCACCUAGUGACACUGCUUUUUUAGAAGAGAUUGAAACAAAUAUCACAAAGGUGGUGAGUAUAUCUGUUACUAACUUUAUUUUUGAAAAUUCUUUUUGAAACUUUAGUUUCCAAUCUUAUUCCUGAUUUCGAAUUUUUAGGCUGGAGAGUUUGUUUUGUCGACAACAAACAGUAUUCAAGAUGGAACAGAGCUCUCGAUUAUUUGGACAUUUUUCCGUGGUCCAAACAAAUUAUUAUUCCUCUUCUAUCUUCCAUCAACACUUUUCUUAAUUAUCCCUUGGCUUUCACUUCUUCUUGGACCAAUGGCAAUCACAAGAGUUAUAAUGAAUAUGAUUUCAUUGAUUCUUUUGUUGCUCGUGUACUUGAUAAACUUUGCCGGUUUGCCCGAAACGAGUUUGAUAAGUGCUGUAGGUAAGAUAAAAACGUGCAACUAUAUACAUAAAUAUCAAUAUUAAUUUAUUGUUUUUUUUUUCAGAUCUAUGGAAAAUCUUCUCGCUUCUCUUUGUCAUUAUGAUAAUUGUCGAACUUGUUGUUGUCACAUUAAUGGCAAGCUUAGGAAGAACUAGAAAAUGUUCGAGAAACAGAUCAGGAAGAUAUGAGAUGGAACCACUUUAUGAAGAGAUGAAUGACUUGAGAAAUCGAAGAACUCGAAGAACUUGUGGAGUUUGUCGAAUUUCUGCGUUGAUUGUGGAUUUGAUAACAUUUAUUGUGAUGGGAACUAUUUUUGUUGUUUUCAAUCUUUGCUAUUAUUACGAGAAGGAACUUAUUGUUGAUUAUAUCAACAAUUUCAAACUUGAACAAUUGAAAUUCUUUUAA